CUUUCCGAUUGCGUAUUCGUUUCUCUGACUGGACCUAAUGUGCACUGCGAUGUGUCGUCGACUUGCUUGGAGAAAAACUGUCAAAUGAAUUUGGCCGUUAAAACCGUGUAGUGCAGCGUUUCCCCGGAUCAAGCGGAUGAGUCUCCGGCCAUGACUCGUCCCAGGUAUCCCAGUUUGGGCACGGCGCUGAUAUUUCUGUCGGUUGCACAGCUCAGCACAGGGCUGAGGUGUGUGUGCCAGCUGUGCGCCAAUAACACCUGUGAGACUGGGCCGGACGGGGCCUGCUGGAACUCCGUCAUGCUGAUCGAGGGAAAGGAGGAGGUGGUCAAGUCCUGUCUGUCCCCCUCCGAGAUGAAGGGUCAGUUAUUCUGCUACAGCUCCUGGAACGUGUCCAAGAGGAACUGCUGCUUCACCGACUUCUGCAACAACGAGACGCUGCACCUGAACCCAGAGAGGCCUGCGGGAGAGGCCAGUUGGGGUCGUCUGGAGCUGGCUGCGGUGAUCCUGGUGCCUUCAUCCCUGCUGUGUGUGGGCAUCAUGCUAGGUGUCUGCACCGCUCAUGGCCAACGCUGCAUCUACAGCAAGGCCCGCAAAUGUGAUGCAGAGGAGCCCCUGGAAGACCAGACUCUCAUGUCCCCCGACAAGCGUCUGAAGGACCUCAUCUUCGACAUGAGCACCUCCGGGUCUGGAUCCGGGCUCCCUCUGCUGGUCCAGAGGACCAUCGCCCGGACCAUCGUGCUGCAGGAGAUCAUUGGGAAGGGUCGAUUCGGGGAGGUGUGGAGGGGGAGGUGGCGGGGGGAGGACGUGGCGGUGAAGAUCUUCUCGUCGCGGGACGAGAGGUCCUGGUUCCGAGAGGCAGAGAUCUAUCAGACCAUCAUGCUGAGGCAUGAGAACAUUCUGGGCUUCAUCGCUGCCGACAACAAAGAUAACGGCUCCUGGACUCAGCUGUGGCUGGUGUCAGAAUACCACGAGCAUGGGUCCCUGUUUGACUACCUGAACAGAUACUCUGUGUCCGUGGAUGGGAUGGUCGUCAUGGCUCUCUCUAUUGCUAGUGGAUUGGCCCAUCUCCACAUGGAGAUCAUUGGCACUCAGGGAAAGCCUGCGAUUGCUCACAGAGAUUUGAAGUCCAAGAACAUCCUAGUAAAGAAGAACGCUACAGCUGUCAUUGCUGAUCUGGGAUUGGCUGUGAAACAUGAGUCCAUCACCAACACCAUCGACAUACCGGCCAAUUACAGAGUGGGAACAAAGAGGUACAUGGCCCCAGAAAUCCUGGAUGACACACUCAAUAUGAACAGCUUUGAGUCAUUCAAGCGGGCAGACAUCUACUCCUUGGGCCUGGUAUUUUGGGAACUAGCGCAAAGAUGUUCUGUGAGAGGGACGUGUGAAGACUACCAGCUGCCUUACUAUGACAUGGUGCCUUCAGACCCUUCUGUGGACGACAUGAGGAAGGUCAUCUGUGACCAGAAACUGAGACCCAACAUUCCCAACCAGUGGCAAAGUUGUGAGGCGCUGAGGGUGAUGGGUAAAAUCAUGCGCGAGUGCUGGUACGCCGCUCCUGCCGCUCGUCUCACGGCACUGCGGGUCAAGAAAACCGUCUCUCAGGUGACCGUCAUUAAAGACGUCAAAGACUAGCUGGCCCCUCAGGACCGGGUCACCCAACCCGACCACCACGACUGGGGGGGCAAACACUCAGCCAUAAAGUUGAACUGUCUUGAAGGAAAAUGGAUGCUGAGGUCUCCAUUAUGGACUGGGAGACCUGUUAGAUGAUGGACAAUUAAAGUGUACAGAUUCCAAGCUACCUCAAAUGUAUUUAAGUGGCCAAAGCUUGAAGUUGUAUGUACAGUGAAGCUGCUUUUUGCUGCCGGUGCGAUGCAGGCCAAUGCGUGUAAUGAUUGUAAUGGAUAAUGUUACUGAGUAACACUCACACAGCUCUGCCUGAAUGUAAAGGACAUGCUGUAAGCCCUCUACCCAUCCAGCCAGACCUGGCUCAAAUGCAUAAUUGUUUUGAAUUCAAAUACUUUUCUGAGCUCGUCUGGUGUAUUGGAACCAAGGAAAUACUCUCAAAAAGUGCAAACCCCACCUUCUGGCUUUCUUGGUGGGCUGAGUUGCACCAGGAAAGAUCAAUCAAGCACAGAAAGGUAUUUGAAUCCAAAAUAAUUACGUAUUUGACCCAAGUCUGCCGUCUACACGAGUAUAGCUUCUGCAGGUGGACCAGACCCACUGCCCAAGCACCACAUGUGGUGUGGGAUAUGACCUGUUAUUGUUGCCAUGGAGUAGCUGCACAUUUUCUCCUGGUUAAUAAGAGAUUUUGCCAUUUUGUCCCAUGCGUGUGGUAAUUUGCUAUAUUUAUAGAUUCCACCCCACUUCAAACACCACCAGUAGCAAUGUUAAUUAGCCUGGUCCUUUUUCCUCAUCUGCAAAGUGAUGUUCGGUUACAGAUAAAAUAUUUGAUAUCAAUCCAAGGGGAUAUUUUUGGGCAUAUUCCAUUUAGAUUUCAAAUGAAUGUUUCCUUCCACAGUACUCCACAGUGCAUAAUUUCCUAUAGCAAUGUGCACUCAUGUUACUCAUGUUGGAGGAGUAACAUUAUGUUAGUACACUCCAAAUUACAUUUUUGCAUUAUUCUAAAAUUGUGAAUAUGUAAACCUUGAAUGUGGUUGCAAGAGAAAUAUUCAGUCCGACCCAGGCCUUUAAUCAAAUGCUGCAGUAGAACCUACACAAUGCCAAUGUAAUGUCUGAUGUGUCAAUAGCACAAAUGUAUAUCUACUUUGACUUAUAUUUUGUACAUAGUUUUUUGUUUUUGUUGCUUCUUGUUGCACUAUUCUGUAGCGUUAUGCUACUUGAAGGACUAUACAUUUUAUUUUCCUGCAUACUGUAUUUCUGUACAUAUUAUUGAAAGCAAUUUGAAAUAAUUUCAACAUUUAUUUUUGUAAAAUACAUUUGCUCCAUUGAAUGUGAAGUACAUAUACAGUAUAUUGAAAAACUGAUGGUAAGUAUGUCCUACCAAAUGAUUGAUCAGUUAGAUCAUGCCAUGUUCCUGCUGCUUGUGUCUAAGAAAAGAACUGGCUGAUGUGAAUCUUUAAUACCAUAGUUUUAUUCCCCAGUUUGUCCCUUAAAGCAUCUGCCCCAACGGGAUGUGCUGAUUAAAAACUAAGUGGCCUUCAUAAAAGGGAGUUGAACCAACAUGCAAAGUCACAUGGUAUGAUAGCCAUAUUGGUUAUAACCGUGAGGUUUAUGCAUGAAUGAAAAGUGCUCUAAACUUGAGUAGUUUCUGCUCCUGAAUUGGAGUAUGGUCCGUUUUCAUUUUACAAACCGACACCGAUUUUUUUAAACUCAACCAAGUCUGGAUUAAGUUAAUUUGAAAAGCAUAGUCUAUGUCAAAGGUUCUUUGACAUGAAAUAGAAUGUGCAUCAUAUGCUAAAUGACCAAUUGGUGACAUGUCCAUGGUGUAUUCCUGCCUCUUGCCCAAUGCAUGCUGGGAUCCAAUGUUCCCCAAACUAAAUUCACGUGGUGUUUUUCAGUGUGUAAAAUAAUAUGUGAAUCACAUACCAGCUGCUGGUUGUUGCUGGUUCUGAAAAAAAAAAAGCACCGCUUAAGCAUUCUGUCUGAGUGUUGGUCAUAUUCUAUGUUUCGAGUUUAAUGGAAUGUACAAUACUACAGUACAGCGUCUCAGUAUUUGUUAUAUGAUAUCUAAAUUCCUAUUUUGAGUGUAAAUGACACAAUGUGCUGAAAGUGGUCAAAGUUACUAUAUGGCUUUGCAGCCUGUAAUAUGUAGCACUGGCUUAUUUGUGAAACAUUUUCUGUGAAGGUGCAAAUGUAACUUUUUAAAAUUCAAGUUGUUGCCUACUGUGAAAACAAAAUGUGACGAUUAGAGAUAGCAGGGGUGGCCAGCCUUGGUCUUGGAGAGCAGGUUUCGGUUUUCCGUUUUAGACGUGAGAAAAGGGAGGAAAUUAGCUAAUUGUACAGUAUGUCGUACUGUUUAAGCAAAUAACACAAUAAUGUGCUGAAUAUCAACCAAAACCAACAGACCCUGUGGUUCUGCAGGACCAGUGGUGACCACUUCUGAUAGAGGAUUUUAUAGUGAGUGUGGAGUAGCGUUACUGAGGUUGAGUAACAUGGCCGUUUGCACAGACUUCUCAGUAUUUCCACAUUUUUGUUGUCAAGACUUUGUGAACUCGGUAGCUGGGCUGUGAACUUCUCUGAUUGCAUCAUAAUGUCUCCAUUCAGUCAGCUCCUUCACGUGCUAGGGAUACAGGGGUACAGGGAUACAGGGGUACUGUUACUGAAUAUCGUUGCUGUUGACACAGCACUUAUUUUCCUGCUUUUCAAAGUUACUCAUUCCAAAGAGGAAACGUUGGGAAAUGUUUUACUGUGAUUGUAAAUCCGAUCAUGUUGUGUAAGACAGGAUUUAAAGUUUUGGCAAUACUGUAAAAUUUGAUGACUUCCUUGGUUUUCCACUGAACUUUUCAUUAUAUAUAAGUGCCCUGAGUUUGUGAGAAGGAAAAUCUUUUGGAACCACUUUACUCUGGGAGUAAUGUGGAGCCAAUGUUCUUUUGAAUCACUACAGAAGAAUAGCCUUUAAAUUGCAUGAUAUUGUGAUGUAUGAAAAACAUUUUUUGGAGCUCAAAAAUGUGUAUUUGAGGAAAACAAUGGGACUUCAAUAGAUUAUCAUAUUGCGAUUUGUGAUAUUUCCUCCUUUGCUUGACUGGAGUACUCAACUCAAUUUCAAAUACAAAUUAUAAUUCCACCUCCUGUUAUUCAGCUUACUACAAAAAUAUAAGGGCAUGUUGGCUGUUCUGUGCUGACCACUUGACCUCUUUCUCUGUCCGUGAUUAUCUAAGUUAUCCCUAUUUUCAGAUUUUUAAUACUUUUUUGGAACCAACACAAUCAUGGUCAGCCCAAUGCCGACCUGAAAUCAGAGGAGAGAUGAGCGCAUGCUCUUAAAUUCAUUAUAAACGUUUACUGAUGGUAGUGAAUAUUCAUUUUAGUGAACAUGUAUGGGGCCAGCUUUAUGUCCAUAUAACACCAUAUUACCAUCAUUCUGCUAUGCUUUAUGUCAUGUAAAAUUCAUUGUAAAAAUAUAUGUGCACAGUGUAUGAAAUAAACUAUUUUUUAUUGA